GCACGGAGUAACAAGAGCGAAGGGCGGGAGCCGAACUGUGCCAGUGCGUCGUCCCGCCUCUGCUCCGCACAUCCAUCCAUCCUCUUUUGUCCAUGUGUGUUUCUCUAUCUCUCCGCUUGUCUCCGUCACACUGCUCCUGGUUCUUGUCUAUAACCUCUGUUUCCUCAAUACCUACGUACGGAUUACAGAAACCUAAGCUUACCCCUCACGUUGCACAAACGGGCGUCGGUCAGUGUAGGGGAUUGCAACUGCGCCCAGUUGGGCUUCAUCGACAUCUCACCCUGGGACUAGGAUUUGGACCUUGACCUUCGUUUUUGGCUUUGCACUGCGACUCUGUGCGUCGAACGGGGGUGGGGGGCUAUGGGCUAUUCUCCUGCUCGGAACUAUGCUGGUCCCUGGGUAGAUCAGGGUUUGACGCAGAGCGAAGUGAAUU